AUGCGAGGUAAAACUCCAGCUGAUCAACUAUCGUUCGAUCCUGAGAUCGAAGCUACAACUAGAAGGAACAAUAGCAAGACAAAGAGGAGAAAACAAUUAGCUAGGCAAAGAAAGGAACAAGAAGCAUCAUCUUCUUUAAUCUCUUCAAGCAAUCAAGAGCGAAACAUCAUGGCAGCUGCUGGAGGUCAUGACAAUGGAGAUAAUAAUGCAGGUUUUGUGAACUUCACACCGAGGAACAUGACAAGACUUGGGAGACCUGCAGGGAAUGAGAGGCCUCCUGAGAUGAAGUCCGGAUUGGUACAACUGAUGUAUGCCAAUCCAUUUGCUGGUUUGGACCAUGAGAAUCCGCACACACAUUUGACAAAGUUCUAUGAACUUUGUGGCAAUGCUGGUCUUACUCAAGCUGAGGAAGAAGCUGUGUUUCUGAGGCUUUUUCCCUUGACUCUACUUGGGAAAGCAAAGGAGUGGUUUUUAGAUCAACCACAAAGUAGCCUUACUGAUUGGAAUGAACUUGAACGGAAAUUCUUGGCAAGGUAUUUCUCUUAUUCUAAAUUUAUGGAUUGUAAAACUGCGAUUUCUGCUUUCUCUCAGCUUGCAGGUGAAAGCUUAUGUGAAACUUGGGAGAGGUUUAAAUCUUUGUUGAGGAAAUGCCCGAACCAUGAGUUUGAUGCAAGGUCCCAAAUCCAUAUCUUUAGAAAGGGCUUGCAGCAACCAACUAGGUUGAUUCUGGACGCAACAUCCGGUGGUUCUUUAAUGGCUAAAUCGCCUACUGAAGCCACUCAAAUCAUUGAAGCAAUGGCCUUAAAUGAUCAACAAGAUCAACAUCACCGAGGUCCACCUAGGAGAGGAGGAAUGAUUGAGCUUGGAGCAACUGAUGCUGUUUUGGCUCAAAAUAAGCAGCUUCAACAACAACUAGAUGAAGUAAAACAAAAGCUCGCAGAUCUUCCAAAGCAACUAAAAGAGAUGCAUGAUUCCUCUUCUAGAAAACAGGUAUAUAGAUGUGAUGUUUGUGCAGGUGAUCAUCAUACUAGUAGCUGUGAUCAGAAUCAAGAAGAAGUGAACUAUGUGGGAAAUCAGCAGAGGCAAGGUCAGUACCAGAACAACUACCCUAGGGGAGGUAACCAGUACAAUAACCAACCUUGGAGGCAAGACACAGGACCAUCUUCCAGCAGGGCACCACCAUUACCUUAUCAGAAUCAUCAAUACCAACAACCACCAGUGGAUAGGACUGCAAAACUGGAGGAUACACUAACUCAAUUUAUGCAGGUUUCGAUAUCCAACCAGAAGAAUACUGAUGCAUUUAUUAAAAACUUGGAAGUACAGGUUGGACAGAUGGCUAAACAAUUGAGUCACCUGACUACUGAGCAGAAAGGGAAGUUCCAUGCCAAUACAGAAGACAAUCCCAGGGAGCAUUGCAAUGCAAUAUUCACAAGAAGUGGGAGAGUAGUUGGUGGAGAGAUUGAUCAUGAGAGGCAAAGGAGGAGAUUUCUAGAUAUUUUCAGGCAUUUGAACAUCACCAUGCCAUUUACUGAGGCAUUGGAGCAAAUUCCGUCAUAUAGCAAGUACACGAAAGAGCUGCUGAAAAAAAAGGACAGAUUGAAAGCAUUGCAUGAAGAUGAGGUGAUUCAGCUCAAGGGACGUUGUAGUGCAAUUCUGCAACGCUUACCACCUCCAAAACAUAGAAGUUCUAAGAGUCUUAUCUUGCCUGUUAAACUUGAUAAUAAUCAAUCCUGUAAUGCACUGAUAGACUCUGGGGCUACCAUCAAUUUAAUGCCCCUUUCUUUGUUGAAGAGGUUGGGAGAUGUGGAACUAGAGCCUACAAGGAUGACGCUGCAACUAGCUGACAAGUCAGUCAAAUUGCCUCAAGGAGUUGCAGAAAAUGUGACUGUAAUGGUAGAGCAGCUGAAUUUCCCAAUAGACUUUGUGGUUGUAGAUGUGCCUGAAGACAAGGAGAUCCCAAUCAUCUUAGGUAUGCCAUUCAUUAUAACUGCUAGGACAGCGUUUGAUGUGGAUACUGGGAUCCUGAAGGUGAGACAAGGUGAAGACAAAGCAAAGGUAUGGUUUCUUUAA